AGCUGCUGUUGUAUCUGGUAAUCUCGACCUCAAUUUAUUGGCGCGCAGCUCGUCUCCAAUCCCGUCUAAUUGCGUCUAAUCUUGCCUUAACAGAGCUCACAACAGAACCCACACGAGCAGCAGUCUACAAUCGUUUCUCAUCAUCACCAGUCUUUUUGAUCGUGCCUGUGAACAAUAAUGGAUGCGGGCUCAGCUACGCCGACUGCGAACCGGCUACUACUGCUCGCUGAUAACACUCUGGUCUCAGUGCUAGAGCGGAAUCGGCUAAAGUCACUAGAUCUCGAGCCUUCGGCAUCAGAGGAGGCAGAGAUCCAGCGGAAUCUGCAGACACUGCGCGAUGGGAUCUCGCAGCUUGAGAGAGAACAGUCAGUCGCGGAGUCUGACCAGGGAAUCCCAUCCCGGACCCUACGAGCAAAAGAGGACACUCUGAUACGACUGCAGAUGCAGUUCGAUAAACUGCUCUCUCUGCUUCAAGAAGGUGGCGGUGAGCAGUUGAUUGCCAAGAUAACCGCGCCCAAACGACCGUCGCUCAUAUACGGUAAUUCAAAUGGCCAGGAUGAAUUGGGAUCUCCCAGAAGGAACGGGCCCCGGAAAGCCAAAACGGUGCGAUUUAGCGAUAACCUGAUUGAUGUCUCGUCCGCGACGCCCGAUCCGCUGAGUCUGGCUGCCGAAGAAGCAAGGAACAGUGUGACAAAUACCGAAGCGAUGAUGCAGCAGCAACGGAUCAUGCGAGAGCAGGACGACUCGCUCGACCGGCUGUCGGAAUCGAUAUCACGGCAACGCGAGCUCAGUAUACAGAUCGGCGACGAACUGGACCAGCAUGUCGAGCUGCUGAGUGAUGUCGAUCGGUUGGUGGAUUGGAGUCAACAUAGGCUCGACGGCGCGCGGAAGCGAUUGGAUCAUGUAUCAAGAAAGAUGAAGGAAAACGGAUCAGUGUUUACGAUUGUCAUUCUCAUCAUCAUCUUGCUCAUCCUCAUCAUCAUUCUCAAGUAGAUCACCCGAUCAUUGCAGUUUUGGAACAGGCCAACAAAGCGGUUUUCUCUCUCUUAUUCUUUCUU